AUGAGCGCGACGGACCGCUCUGCCGGGACCCCCCCUCGCUCCAGAAGGCUGGCAACCCCCCAUGUCUCUUCCAGAUACACUAGUUCUCAGUCUCCAAGUCAGGAGGACUUUACUCCUCUCCCUUCAAUCAAUGAGCGUUUGGCCUUGCUUCGUCCUUCUCGGGAGCUGCUGGAGUACUACCGCAAGAAGAUUGCUGACUUUGAUGAGGAACAUGAGGAUUUGGUAAAAAGGCUGGAGAGAUACAAAGAAACGUAUGAUGAGCAGCACAAAUUGCAGUGCGAAGUGCGUCAGCGGGAAGAGGAGAUUGCGGAGUUGCAAAAGGCUUUGAGUGAUAUGCAAGUCUACCUCUUCCAGGAGAGGGAACAUGUCCUUCGUCUCUACUCAGAGAAUGACCGGCUGAAAAUCAGGGAAUUGGAGGAUAGAAAAAAAAUUCAACAUCUCCUGGCUUUAGCAGGAACAGACAAAGGAGAAGUUACAUAUUUUCACAAGGAGCCUCCACAUAAGGUUACUGUUCUGCAAAGGCCAGCUAAAUCCAGAGAUCCGCAUGAGCGAAAUGAUACUUCUAGAACAGGCACGAAGGAGAGCACUUCAAAACCAGCAGCAAAAGGAGAGAAACCAGAAAGUUCUGAGAGGUAUCAGAGAGACAAUCAAACACUCCUACUUCAGGUGGAGGCCCUGCAAGCUCAGAUAGAAGAACAGACACGAUUAUCCAAGGAACAGUUUGAGGCACUACUAGAGGACCGGCGGAUUCACAUGGAGGAAGCUCAGGUCCAGCAUCAGAGGGACCAGGACAAGAUCAAAACUAUAACAGAUAAACUCCAUAAGACCCAAAAUCUCUUAUAUGAGAGUACCCGUGACUUUCUCCAGCUCAAGUUUGAUGCUCGAGCCAAUGAGAAAGCAUGGAUGGCAGAGAAGGACAGUCUGUUGAGGAAACUUGACAAAGAUCUGGAUCAGCUUAUCAGCAAGGAGCCAGGAAGAGAGAAGAAGCAGAGAGAUACCAAGAAGAUGCUUCGAGCAGAUGAUGGGGCUUCGAAACUCCACAGCAGAGAAAUGAAGUCACUGCAAGAACAGCUAAUGCAGGAACAGCGCCUAUCAAACAUGUAUAGACAGCAGUGUGUCACCCUGGAAGAUGAGCUGGCUAGGAUUCGUGAGGAGGGAGAUCUUGGCAGAGAACUCUUUAAGAAACGCUCAGAAAAGAUGGGGAAGCGCCUGAAGCUGAUUACUCAGCGAUAUGAGGCCUUGGAAAAACGUCGUAAUAUGGAAGUGGAAGGCUUCAAGAAUGACAUUAAACAGCUUCGGCAGAAGCUGAAAGAUGUAGAGAACCAGCUUUUUAAGGUGACUCUGAAUGUCGGACCAGACCAAGAUCUUGCAAUUCUACACGAAGUCCGCCAAGGAAACAGACUAACACGUAAAAUUCAAGGAGAACUAAAGAAUUUAAAAGCAAAAAUCUAUGGCUUAGAGAAUGAACUACGGAUCUGCUGAAGCUGAGGUAUUAGCUGGCAUCCUAGUUUUA